AUGACCAAUAGAGGUGAGGGGGCAGCUGGGCCUCUCUCUGGUGGGAGGAAGGGUCUUGUGCCAGCCCAGAGAGCCUGUGCACAUUGCCAGGGAACAGUUCUGCCUUGCCUGACUGGCUACCCUCUGGCCAAGAGGUUUUCCCUGGCAAGUCCCUCUGUGCUCCUUCCCUCCAAGCCGUUGCCUCCCAUCCGCCCAAGCUCUCCUUCCUCCAAGCAAAGCAAGAUAUGCAGCGGAGAGAAGGAGCAUGGGGAAAAUGGCAGCGGCUAUGGGGAGGACAGCAGGAAUAGCCAGGAUCUGAUUUCAGAGGGAAGAGGAUGUAAGGCUUCCUUGCUGUAUUGCACAGGUGGGGAUAUGAAGAAGGGGUCAUUGGGACCGCCUUUGAUCCCCCCUAUACGCAAGGCAGUCAGUCCCCAUGUCGGGAGUGCUGCAGGGUCUCUGCAAAGCCCUCCGCAGCUGGAUUUCCAGGACUCCCGGGACAUGAGGCCAAGAUCCAGCAGCAGAUGCAAAGAGAAGGACUCGGAACAUGCAGGCCUCCCAUGGAGCCAGGCCAAGGAGAUGGGUCAUUCCACCAGUCCUGGUCCUACCCGUUAUGAAGAACUGAGGGAUGGCUUUGAAAAGCUCCACGCUGUGUUGUACUGGUUGGCUCGAGAGAACCUAGACCAGAAGGACGUAGAGCGUUGGGUGGAGGAGAUCAAGGAAAGGAGACAAAAGAAUAUGUUCUUGCAGCUGCCUCCUCAGACAGCUGACCCUGGGGAUGCAGCUGAAGCAAGCUUUAGCCUACCACCUGUCAAUGGCACAGCUUCCGGUGUGCAGAGAAAACACCCCAGUAGUGCCUUGAAGAAGAAGGUCUUGGGGAAGGAGGACAAUGUGCCCUUACAUUCCAAGAAACCCAUCAUCCAUGGGGAUGGCAGCUUCCCGCGCAAGCUGCCAUCAGUGACCUCGCAGACGGCCACGGGUGCCGAGCGCCCAGAGGAGCCGCUCCGUGGGCAUGGGCAGAAGGGCACAGCCUCUUCUGAUCCACAGCAGUCCUUGCUCCAGGCACUCUCCCUGCUCAGCAGUGAUGACUGGGAGCUGAAGGAGAAGGGACUCUUCAGCAUCAAACAUCUGGCUGGGUCCCAUUCGGAAGUCCUGCUUUGUCGACUUCAUGACAUUUGCUGGGCAGUUUCCAGCGAGGUGACCAACCUCCGCUCAAAGGUGUCCUACUCUGCAAUCGUCGCUCUGGGAGAGCUCUUUGCAGCCUUCAAGAAGGACAUGGACUCUGAGGUGGAUGAGGUGUCUCGGGUCCUUCUUCAGGUGGUGUGGAACUCCCCAGAGUUUGUUCAGGAAGCAGCCACUCAGACCCUGGGGAUCAUGGUGGCCAAUGUGACUCCUGCACGAGCAAUGACUGCUCUCAUGGACAGGGGAGUCAAGAGCCGCCAAGCCCAGGUGCGGAAGUGUGCGGCCAAACUCCUCCUGUCCUUGAUGGAGAAAAUCGGAGUCACGGAGCUCGCAGACACACCCAGGGCUGAGAGGCUGGCACACGUGGCAGGGAAGCUUGCUCAGGACUGUGACAAGGAUACAAGGCAUUACGGCCAGGAGAUGGUGAAGAUGUUUCUGAAUCAUCAAAAACUUAAAAGGCUUUUCGAACAAUCCGUUUCCACUCGCGACCUAGAAGAUAUUAUGACAAGAAUUAGGAAGAAAGGGAUGGAAAACCAGGAGGGUGAAAAGCCAUCUGUCAAGAAGCUGGAGAAGAGGAAUGAUGACUCGAAGAAGCCCCAGGCCACAUUGCCUUUGAGUAAACGCGUGAAUUCUGCCUCUGAUGGAUGCCUCCUUCAGCGUGCAAAAUCCCAGGUGACGUUACCUCCAGCUGUGGAAGAAACGGAGCUGCUCCAGAAGCUUUACCAUCUCCUGGAAGCCAAGGGGUUUCAGACACGGGUGGAAGGAGUGACACUCCUCCUAGACCUGUGCAAAAGCAGCCCCCAGCUCAUCUCCACUAACAUUGUCCAAAUUUUUGAUUAUUUUGUACGGAGAAUUGCUGACAGCCAUAAGAAAGUGAAGCAGAAGGCGCUGGACGUGCUGGCAGAAAUCAUAGGCGUCCUGGAAGAUGCCCUGAACCCGGUGAUCAUUGGUUUGGUGGAAGGGAUUACAAAGAACCUCAACUCAAAGGAUCGCAGGGUUCACGCCGCAGCUGUGAAAGCGCUGGAAGAAUCCAUUGCUCAUUUAGAUAAAGUAGAACUGAUGAAAGAGUUCAGCUACCAAUGGAGUAAACUGAGUGGCCAAGCUCUGCUGGAUGUCAUGGAGCGUAUCACAGUGCUUGUGGAAUGGGUUUAUCCCAGGAGCCCUGAAGUCGUCCAGCACUACGCCCUGCCCGUGCUCUGGUCCUCUCUGGGGAACAAGGCGCUGCCUGUGCGAAGCGCCAAUGUCCGCACUGUGGUCACCAAGCUGGCCUCUGCCCUCUACAAGGUGAUGGGCACCAAGCUGAAGAAGCAUGCUGCCAGCCAGCCUCCACACGUGCAGGAAAACCUCUCCAGCAUUCUGGGCUGGUGAAGGCUUCAUGUUCUCCAGAAAGCGGACAAAGUGCUGAGUAGGACACCUCCGGAUUUGACUUUGCAGCUGUGCCAAAAAUGACAAAAUACUACGGAAGGGUGUGCAUCUGCCCCCACUCUCUUCAGUGCCCUUCCUAGUCGUGGCAUGGGGGGCCAGAAGCAACUUCCGAUCAAGGACAAGGUGAAGGCCGAGCAUGGCUCAGCCUCACCAAGAGUUUGCAGACCUGACUGGCUCCUCUCUUUCCAAGAAGUUUUCUCUGCAUACUUCCCAUGUGCCGUUACACACAAAACCCUUGGCUCCCGUCCAGAAGAGCUCUCUUUCCUCCAAGCUCAGGAAGAAGCUGCCAUCUCUCUAGAAGAGUGAAUGAAGAAUAGGAUUUAUGGAUUAGGUUUUAUAGAUAGAGUUGUACAUAU